UGCAGAUUAUUAACUGGCAGAUAAGAGGGAGGUUUCUGACAGGCAUGUCUCAGCUGGCUUCUUGGUAAGCGCACAAAAGAAGACCUCUUGCCUAAGUUAGACUGUUCCCAAAUGCUAAAGGCAAAAGGUGAUGCCUCUCACCAAGCCACAGUAACGAAAGCCAUUUAAGAUAUGGAGAGGAUCAAUAAGGAGACUGGAGAAUUGAGUUCUUCAGGGGAAAGUGCAGAGACAGAGCUGAAGCUAGAUGAGCCUUGGAUAGGACCUGGGCACAAGGACGACUCAGGUGGAGGACUGGAUGCAGCCACAGCUCUCCAAGAAAAACUUCAAGAGCUGGCCAGUGCAACAACAGAACAGAGAGAGGAGCAGCUCCUUUUCCUUCUGCCCAUAUUUAUUAAGGUGUGUGAAUGCAGUAGAGCCACUGAGGACGUGGAUCUCCAGAUUUUGGCUACUCAUGUCACAGAGACGCUGGUGUUUCACAUACAGCAGAGAGUGUCCAGAAAACCUGCAGAGGAAGCACGAUAUGAGUUGCAGCAGUUUUUCCAAAUAGCAGAACAUGGCAGUAAAGGGUGGCUGCUGCUGAAGGCCACAUCUUUUUUGUCUACCAUUGAUGCUGGAGUGAAUGCAGCAAUUAUCACUGGACUAGCUGCGGCUUUAGUGAAGUGCUUCUAUCUGUUUGUAGCCCUUCCUGACAAACAACCCAGCAAUAAUGACAACUGUUCAUUCCAGGACCUAUUAAUUCAGGUGAUCCUGCAGCUGUGCAGACAUGUGCGCUUUGUCGAACAGAUGGUGGAAACCGAGGAGCUGCAGUGUGUGAUCAUUGCCCUCACCUCCCUGUGGGAUCAGUGUAGCUCCUCAUGGAGGAGACAGGCCUCCCGUGUGCUCAGGGCUGUAUCAGCUGCACAGGUUCCAAACACAGUUCCAGCAUUGCAAGCCAAGAACUGUAUGAAGAUCUGCAUCCAGAAUUUGCUGCAAAUGAGCGAGCAGGUUCAUGGACUGAUUCUAGCUGAGGUUGCUGUAAAUGUGUUCACCUUUGUUAAGGACUCGUACACAAACAACCCUGCACUUUUUGAGGAGUUUGAGAACAAUGAUGGCUACACAGUCCUCCAAGCUAUCAUGGCAAGGUGUGAGGAGGAAACAUCAGAGGAGGACUUUUCUCCAGUAAAAGACCUCCUGGGUCUCAUUGCCUCUUUCACUUUAUUUGGCAAGGUUGAGUUAAAAGUGGCCAUUUGUGUCAAUAAUCCACAACCACCAGGCUUUAAAUUUGACCCACCUUUAAUCACAGGAAAAGCAGUGAAGAAUCUCAGAGCGUUUCAGAUCCUUCAGUCCUCCUUCUUGCGUUCAGGCAGCGCACUUACCUGCAGUCAAAUCCUGUGCACCAUCCACAUGAUUUGGUCUUGGGACACGGCCAACUUUUUCCUGCUGGAGUGGACACUGCAGAGUCUGGCCCAGCUGGCUGAUAGUACAUGGCAGAAGCCAGCCACUGUGCACAGCUUCUUUUUCACGCUUCUAGAGACUGUGGUUUUUAAGCUUUCCUACAUCCCUCAUGAUACGUUGCGCAAAGUGCAGGCUGUGCUAAAAGAGGGAUCAUCUCAGGCCUUUAGCAUGGCUGCUCUGGAGUGUUUUCACAGCAUGGUGAUAAGAAGUAGCUUGCUGUCUGACGUGCUGAGUGAUGGUGGGUUGAUGGAUCUGCUGUUGGUGGAACUCAGACGGCGAGCUAAGAUACUGAGAAAGGCUGGCAUUUCAGUGAAUAAGCGUGAGCUGAGAAUGGAAGACAGUGAGCGUCAGCUCACCACAAACAUGUUAAAUGUUGUCGCUGCUCUGGCAUUGAGAUCCAUCAGAAAUACAGUGUUUAUACGGGACUCUGGAAUGAUUCCCUACAUAAAGAUCUUCCUGGAUGAUGAAAUGUACCGCAGCCCAACUCUGUGUAUCCUGGAACAGUUGUCUGAGACCAACCCAGAGGAGUAUAUGAGUACUGCAAUAGGAGCCCUUUGUUCUUCCACAGAGACUGAACUGCAACUUAAACUAGAUCUGCUGCAUUCUAUCCUGAAAGUACUUGAAAAUUCAAACAGCUGGAAUGCUUUCCGCACAGCUGGUGGCUUCACCAGUCUGCUCUCCAUGCUAGUUGACAUGGAAGGUUCUCUGCUGCAGCAGCCAGUAGGCGUCUGGGCGUCUCUUAGUCACCAAGGUCUGAUGGAGCUGUUGCUGCUUACACUGCACACCAUGGCCAUGGCUGUGCACCUGCAUCCUGUCAACGCUCACUUCUUCCACAUCACCCACCUUUAUGAAAGGCUGGCAGAGGCCCUUCUGCAGAUUGGCUGCUUUCUUGGGAAUGCACCACUGGAUUCUGAUGCAAACAAGGACUACAGGACGUUCCAGGAUUUUCUGAAGCUGACUGAAUGUUCUGAAUGUCCUCUUUCUGCACCACUGCUGGACUGCCUAAGAGUACUGGACUUUCUUGAGAAGUUUGGGACUGGUAUCAGCUUGGCUAAAGACUUGUGUGCUGACCUAAAGGAGUCUACAGAGAGUGAGGGGAAUCAGCAGGAGGUCACGAGCCACAAUUCAGGAGAGGAUGAUUUUCAGGGGCGAAUCAGAAAAGCAGCUCUGUCUAUAUCGUCUGUAACUGCAGAGUCAGGGAGGUUUUCAUGUGAUCAUUCAAUUCUGCACCCUGGAGCAGUUAAGGUCAUCAUGACUCUGCUGCCUCGUAUCUACUGCCCCAGUAACCCUCAGCUGUCUCUUGAGCUUCAGUUAGCUGUGGCUCAUCAUGUGCAGUCUCUAGUAAAGUCUGAGCAGAACAGGCAGAUCAUGUGCGAGUCCGGCCUGCUGGAAACCCUGCUGACUCACUGUAGGGACAUCCUCAGUAACAGCACACACUCACUGCAUCUGCCAGUGGUGCGCAUCCUGGAAAAACUUGCCUCUCAAUCUAUAGACAAAAAGUCCCUCAGACAGUUCCUGUGUUUACAAGUUCGCCAAACAUGUAGUAGUGAAAAGUGUACUUCCUUCCCUGUUUUUGAGGAUCACCCACCACUCCUAAAUUCUCUUUCUGAUGGACCCUGUGCUAACCAAGGCACUGAAGAUGUUGCAGAGGGUGAAAAGAAAAGUUCUAAAAAGGACAGACGAACGCUUAAAAGAAGUUUUAGCUUACUGAACACUGCAUCACCUGUUUCUCUUCACCAGAUUAUUAGUCUUGUUUCAAUAACGUCACCACGGAGCUUCCGGCCCUAUAAAGUGUCAGUCUCACCAUCAUUUGUAGAAUUUGACAUGACCGACAGUGGAUAUGGGUGUCUGUUUCUGCCAUCUCUUGCCACAGUUAAAGGUGUAAGUGCCGACUCCAUUUCCAAUGGCGGCAUUGGCGGUGACUGCCGGGGUUUUCCUCCCACUGCUGGUCUGUCUUUCACCUGCUGGUUUCUGAUCAGCAGAUUCAGCUCAGCCUGCGACUCUCACCCGGUGCGUUUGCUUACAGUGGUGCGUCACAUGUCACGUGCCGAGCAGCAAUUCAGCUGUCUAUCAGUCAGCAUCUCUUCCUCUGAUGGCUGCCUGGUGAUUACCACUGAGGAGGAGGCUUACCAAUUCUUAGACAUGAUGGAGCCAAUGCCAGAAACACAGACUGCCUUGCCAACAACUGUACGCUUCAAGUGCUCCAAACAGCUGAUGCCAGGUUUAUGGCAUCACCUUGUUGUUACUAUGGCCAAAGACAUCAAAAAGAGCUGCAGAGUGACUGCUUAUAUGAAUGGAGAAAUGAUUGGGGCAGCAAAGAUGCGCUAUAUUCAGCCAUUCCCGGGCUCAUGUGUUGCAAUGGAUGCCUCAGCGGUCAUUGAUGUGUGUGGAAUUAUUGGCACCCCCCCUAUUUGGAAGCAGCAUGCAGCUCUGAUCUGGCGUGUCGGUCCCACAUAUUUUUUUGAGGAAGUCCUGAGCUCUGAUUCUGUAGAGAUCAUGUAUGCACAAGGCACUAGGUACCUGGGCAGCUACCUUGCACUCAAUGCUCAAGCUGAUGGGAAAUUUGAGUUUUCUCCAGUGAGGUUAGUUUCUCCCGAGAGGAUCUCGUUUGGGAUAAACCCAGCAGUGGCUACUGUCACUACUGUAGCAGAGAUCAGAGAUCAGUACAACGAGGUGGAUUGCCGUCUGAUUGCUAAAGAGAUGGGCAUUCCAUCAAGGGAUAACUCCACUCCUGUCCUUCUGGCUCGAAAUAUCAGUCAGCACCUCAGUGGAACUGCUAGAACUAUUGGGGCUGCACUGGUUGGACGUUUUGGCGUGAGGACAUUUACGUCAAAGACAGCAUCCAGCAGUCUUCAGUACAUCGGAGGGCCUGCGGUUGUUCUCAGCCUGGUUGCAAUGGCGACGGAUGAUAGUUCUCUGUAUGCAGCUGUCAAAGUUCUGCUAUCAGUAUUAGACACAAAUGCAGUGAUCAAACAAGAGAUGAAACGCAUCAGAGGCUAUAAGCUCUUUGCCUUUCUCCUAAAAAUGAAAGCUCACCUCAUUAGCUGCAGGACUUUCCAUCUGAUUUUGGCCAUAGUGGGUACUGUAGAGCUGGGAACAGGGAGCAUGUAUGUGCAUGACCUUGCUGCUCUUCAGGGAAUUCUCUGUAACUUUGAGGUCUGGCAAAAGGCUCCAGAAAGUCUCGAUCUAUCUGUUUUAAACCAUUUUGUUGAUAUCCUGAAUUCAUUAAGCAGAGAUUCAAAAAAUGCAGAGGCCGUACACAGUCUCAAUCUGAUGACCAAGCUACUUUUCUUGCUGCAGGAUUCCACCGUGACACACAAAAAAGUCACUGUCAUUUGCACCAUCAUCACAUGCCUGUUACAAAAACACUUCAACCCUGAAGACAUUCACAGGCUUGGACUCUUCUUAAUUCACACCUUGUUGCCCCAAACUGUAAAUGAGAAGACAAUUUUUCCCUCUAUCAUUUGUGAAGAUCAAUCUCAUACCUUGAGCCAAACACCUGGAAGAACCAUCUGGAUCAGGAACCAGUUGCUUGAGGUGCUGUCUUCGCUAAUCGUCUCUGACACGCCUCUUUCUAACAAUGAGCAAGAAGAAGUGUUCUCCAUACUGGGGUCGGAUUGGUUCCUCCUGUUCCUACAGGGGCACAUCCACUCCAGCACAGUGCUAUUGGUUCUAAAGAUGCUUGUCUACUUUCUGUCACAUGAGAACAUACGAGCCAAGUUUAAAGAAGCUGUAUCUUCAGGAACACUAGUGGAAAAGAUGCAUGCACUGCUAGGCACCAUAGAUAAAUUAAAGAUGUGCUCCUGGUCAUACGAAUGCUUGAGUGGCAUGUUUCCAGGCUUCACUGUGCUGUCCAGACUACUGCUCAGUCAUAUCAGCCUUCCACAGAUAUAUGGAGCUUUUGCUGCACUGCUGUUUGGAAAAUCAGACUUUCAUGUACCUGAUGGACAGGUGGAUCUUGACAGCAUACUCCAGAGUGUGAUUGACAGAUCUGCUAAUGAACAGGGAGUCCAACUGUGCACAGAGGCAGCCUGUGUCCUUAUUGAAUUGGUCAAGAUGAUCAUUUGUAAUCCAAUAACAGGAAGUGAAGAUAACUGGGAUGUGCAGUACCCAGGAAGUGUGAUGCAGUUCCUUUGUUUGGUCCACAGUAACUUUCCACGAGAUGCUCUGUGGGCCUCCCCUGACUUUCUUAGCUCCCUGGCUAGUGCACUUUUCCCCACUGAAAUCACUGAGAGUGCUGCAGGUCCUCAGAGCAGUGAGGAUGCUGUGGAUACUUCAGCAUCUCGCCUGUCUCACCCUGCAAGGAAGCAGGUGUGUGACUUCAUCCGCAUCUUGUUGAUGGAUAGCCUCAUAAACAUCCCUGCCAAAGACCAGAAUCACCCUUUCAUCCAGCUUCUAGAGUUCUCUCCAGACAACGUGUGUCAGGAGCAGAAACAAAGCUUUCAGAGUGAGCUGUUAGAGUUUCUGAUGGACAUUAUCCAUGUAACAGGCCAGGAAGGGGGCCAGUCUACACAUGUAGCCAGAGAUGAUCCAUCUAAAAACAGCCCAGAGGGGAUGUUUACCAUACUGUCGGAGAACGUUGCGUUCUUCAGCAAGAUGCUGGUGAAGAAACUCUAUAAUGGCAUGUUUUUGGUGGAUCCAGAAAAUCUGCUGGAUUUUAUAGUAGAGCAGAUAUCCGUGGCAAUGGAGAGAAGGCAGCCUCAACGUGAGGACACUAUCUCUGUCCUAUACAAGAGCUUGAAUAGGUCCUUGCUGUACUUUUUGUCCCGUCCCAGGCAGACCCCAGCUGAGAAAGAGCUUAUUCUAAGGACUCUUAAUGUGCUGCAACAGCAUUGGAACAUCAUCAUGGCCACCUACAAUGCUAGUGUCCACUUUAUCAGCUGCCUGCUGCAUUGCCUUCUGCUCAUCCGUUCCGGAAGUUUUCCCGAAGGUUUCGGAUGUGAAAUGCAUAAAAAACCAUCCCGAAAUAUCUGGCGAAAUCUUUUGCCUCUCAAAAACAACCAAACGAGGUCUGCAGUUGACAUUCCUAAUUCAGCAGAGGUGGAGUCAGAGCUGUUGAAGCUUGUAGAAAGCACUUGGGAUUUAGUCAUGCAGGAGAGAAGACACUCACUAGAAGAGGCCUAUAAGAUUGACCUUUCUGCAAAGCAAGCAGGAAAGGAGGCCCUGGUCUCCAUGAAUGAUGUGAGUCCUCUAUGGGAGGAGAUAGCCAUGAAAUCAUGGCAGGCUUUUAUAGACUCACAGAAGAAGAGUCUGAAUCUUGGUCAGAGAAAAACAAGUAUUCUUAGCAGCCGCUUAUUUCAGAGGGCACCUGGAAAGGACUCUAAUGUGGAGACAUUUUUAGCAGACUUGGAAAUCCAUAGAAAGGUUGGUAAAGAGAUGUUCGAGACCUUAAAGAAGAAUUACAUGCAGGCACUUCACUAUGAGAAUGAGCUAAUGGCUGCUCGGUGGCUGAGGAUAGAGGAAGACUUGCUUCGUGAGAGGGGGUUAUUUGGCCCCGGUCCAGGAGUCUUCAUCAACCAAGGCUGGGUGCAGAAUGCAGCUGAGGGGCCCAACCGCAUCAGACUGCGCAUUCGCAGGAAGGCAGCGAGGCGAUCAAAAAAGCUUCCUUCUCUAAUGCCAGAGCAGGACAUGAAAUACAACCCUGUAGACGGUAGCAGGGGUGUGGCCGAAACUGCCAGCGCAGAUCCAGAGCUCAGGAUUCUGAGUGAGCCUAGCAGGGACACUGAGCAGGAGCCUAGCCUGGACUGUGAGCAUCUAACCUUCUUCCCCACACUGACUGAGGUCUCAAGUCCCACUGAAGAUAUUUCUGAGGAAUGUGUGGAGUCACAGCUCAUAAUACAGCAGCUGGCUCCCAAUGAGGAGAUUGGAGUAAAGCAUUGUAUAGCAGUUGUCAGUGGCCAUGUUCUACUGGAGGGAGUGUUAUUGUUUGGAAAAGCUAAUCUCUAUGUGUGUGAGGGCUUUAUACUCACCUCCAGUGGGGAUGUGUGCUGUGGAAACCACCAUCCCACCAGCUUCAGCGUAAGAGACUCGUUUAUCUGCGGGAUGCUGAAGAAGGAGCAGAGCUCAGUGAACCCAGCCUGCAGACGCUGGUCAUACGAGGACAUUAAAGAGGCUCAUUUUAUGCGUUUUCUUCUUGAGGAAAAUGCAAUUGAAAUCUUCAUGAGGAAUGGCACUUCAAUGUUUUUGGUGUUCGUGAACAAAGACCAUGUCAGUGCUUUUAAAAGGUUAUGCUCAGUGGUGCCUUCACUGAAGGGAAGAGGGGUGACGGAGGCCAUGCAUAACGUUAGAAAACCAGCAGCACCUGAGAAGACAGUUAUUGCUAAAUGGCAGAGAGGAGAGAUAAGCAACUUUGAAUACCUCAUGCAUUUGAACACACUCGCUGGACGCACGUACAAUGAUUUGAUGCAGUAUCCAGUGUUCCCAUGGAUCCUUGCUGACUAUGAAUCAGAGACACUGGAUUUGUCAUCCCUGACAUCAUUCAGGGAUUUGUCCAAACCAAUGGGUGCUCAGAAUGAGAAAAGGAGAGAGAAAUUUAUCCAGAGAUAUAAUGAAGUAGACAGUAAUGACGGUGAGCUGUCUGCACAAUGUCAUUACUGCACACACUAUUCCUCUGCCAUCAUCGUGGCGUCUUACCUUGUGAGAAUGGAGCCUUUCACCCAGACCUUCCUCUCUCUCCAGGGCGGCUCGUUUGAUGUUCCUGAGAGAAUGUUCCACAGCAUCCAGAAGGAGUGGGAGUCGGCCUCCAAAGACAACAUGUGCGAUGUGAGAGAGCUCAUUCCAGAAUUCUUCUACCUGCCAGACUUCCUUAUCAACUCCAACAAUUUUGAGUUUGGUUGCAUGCAGGAUGGAACACUUCUGGGGGAUAUUGUGUUGCCACCGUGGGCUAAAGGAGAUCCUCAGGAGUUUAUUCGCAUGCACAGAGAAGCUCUAGAGAGUGACUAUGUGAGUGCAAAUCUCCACCUGUGGAUCGAUCUGAUUUUUGGGUAUAAACAGCAGGGUCCAGCCGCGAUUGAGGCCCUCAAUACCUUUCACCCUUACUUCUACACAGACAAGCACGAUGCUGAGAGCAUGAAGGACCCAUUAAAGAAAAGCACAGUUCUUGGCUACGUCAGCAACUUUGGUCAAAUUCCCAGACAGCUUUUCACGAAGCCUCACCCCAGCCGCAAUGUACACAAGAGCUCUACAGGCAAAGAGACGACUGGAGCCAAUCUCAUCACCCCAUUUUUCUUCAAACUGGACAAACUGAAGCCAUCAGUUCAGCCCUUAAAAGAGCUGAUGCAUGGCCCUGUCAAUCAAAUCGUUUGUGGGGAGAAGGAUAUUUUGGUUAUGGAGAAGAACAAGUUGCUCAUGCCUCCUCUUUGGAACACUUACUUCUGCUGGGGUUACUAUGACAACACAUGCUCAUUUGGCAAUUACACAACAGCAAAGGACUUUGCAGUGUGGGAAAAUUUGUCAGACUGGGGAGAGGCCGUGUGUGCUGCCUGUCCCAACAGUAAUAUCAUCCUCACAGCUGGGAGCAGCACAGUGGUGUGUGUGUGGGAGGUUUCCAUCAUUAAGGACAAGCUCAAGUACAUGAAACUCAAACAGGCCCUCUAUGGACACACAGACACAGUGACCUGUCUAGUAGUGUCUGAGUCACACAGUGUAAUCAUUAGCGGCUCUCAGGACCAGACAUGCAUCUUAUGGGACCUGGAGGAGCUCAACUACAUCACUCAGCUCCCUGCACACUCGUCCAGUGUCACUGCCUUAGCCAUCAACGAUCUCACUGGUGAGAUUGUGUCAUGUUCAGGGACAAAUCUAUACCUGUGGACAAUGAAAGGCCAGCUGCUUGCAUCUGUAAACACCCCGUAUGGGCCGGAGGGCAGUAUCCUGUGCUGCUGCUUCACACAGAAGUAUGAGUGGGACCCACGCAAUGUCAUUAUCACUGGCUGUGCGGAUGGUAUUGUUAGGAUAUGGAAGACUGAAUAUACAAAGGUACAAUUACCUGGACAUGAAAAGCGUUCAGUGUCUCCGGGGGAUGCUGUAUCCCCGUCUGCAGAGGACACAGAGCGCGCCACAAUAAGGUGGGAGAGACACCUGGUGUUGUGCCGAGAACUGAACCGGACUCAGAUCAUCUCUCGUCGUAGAUAUAAAAACAAUCCUGCUGUCACUGCACUGGCCAUUUCCAGGACUCAUGGUACACUACUGGUAGGUGAUGCCUGGGGCAGGGUAUACAGCUGGACCUAUGAAGACUGAAGCACAACGUUCAUCUGGGACUUCUGCACCACUGCUGACUCCAGAGAUCUGCACAGCGCCUGCUGUGUUUGAGGGAUGACGCAUAGUUUCUUGUUUUCUUGGACUCACCAUGGCAUUCUUGCUAGAGCAAGAAACAAAACACUGCUUAUUUAAGAAAUGAAGGAUGCUGCAGAUGUGUGUGAGCAUAUGCAUGAGUGUUUAUGUGUGUGCAUUUUUUAUUUUUUAUUUUUUUUAAUUUGUUCCACAGUACAGAUCAUUUUUUUGUAUGGUCUGUUUCCCCUCCUUUUCCUAAAUGAAGCCAAGUGAUGUUUAUUUUAGAAACAUUGGCCUGUUGGAAUUUUAUUCCCAGUUGUGUCUAGGCAUCUAUUAGCUGUAGAUUAUUUUUCUUUUAUACUUUUUUAUUUUGUCUUUCGUAUGCCAUCAUGGCUCAUGUGAUCAUUUUUUUUUAUAGGCGUAUUUGUUUGUAUCAUUGAGCAGCUGGCUUCUGCUCACAGUCUGCAUUCAAAUCCUGACUGUGCACAGUAACAACAAUCUAUUGUGUGCAGUGUUUAGCAUGUAAAUAUAUGUGAAUACAAUGCAAAGCAUUUUGUGCGACAGUUGCUUUGGCGUUAGUUUUCUUGUGUCUGGUGAUAAUUAAGUUGUUUUUUUUAUACGAGCAGCUUAAACAGAACAAGAGUGACUCAAUCACCCCAGCAUGCGAGUGUUCCCUCUGCCACUAAAAGGCUAAAGUGUUUGGGAUUUUAUUUUCCCUAUUUAUUUUGUGGUCUACAAGAAUGUUUAGCCAGCACUUUUGUGAUGAAUGCUCAUAAAUUCUCACACGAGAUCUGCAAACUCACAGAUUUCCUUUUGUUACUGAUCAGUAUAACUGUUUAACAGUUACAUAUUUUUAUAUGUGUUUUCGGUAUUAAAUAAAAAAGAGCAUGAUUAUGCAGCCUUUUGGAUAUAGAUAUUAUAAGUGUGUCUCUAAGCAGCAGCAAAACAUUUAAUCUGAGAUUUAAUUGCCUUUUCUCAGGCAACCCUUCUGCUUUUUAACUCUUCUGUUCUGUCUUACAGUUUUUCUCAGUUGCUUUGGAAAAUUUCUCAGAUCAGAAAUGAAAUUCUCGAAACUCCUUGUUCAACCUCCCCCUCAUUUAUUCACUUGUGCACAUCAUAAAAACAAUUCUCGUUGCUUUGAUUAAAUUGCGAAUGCUGUCAUUUAAUUGAUUGUUUACAAUUGUCUGCUGUUUCCGACUGUACAUUAUCAGUUGUUUAUGUCGUGUUGAUUAAAAUAUAUUAUACUGUUUUCACCUGAAUAGUCUUAACCCCCAAAACAUCUCGGCAUCAGUUCAUGGCAUAAGUCAUUGAAUGGUUAAACCAAUUGUAAUAAUGUGUCAAUCUUAAAUUUCUAUUAAACUUUUCUUUUGUAAA